CCGCCCCAUCUGCCGCGACCUGCCCGCGAUGCGCAGCGCCGGCCCCGGGAGAGGCUCUGCCGCUGUCCCCGCGGCCCCGAGUGCAUGAGGCUUGUGUUUGCCCAAGAGACCCCCAGCGCCUGCUCUGACGCCCGAGGCAGCGCCGGGAGCCAUGUCGGGUUCCUAUGACGAGUCAGCAUCAGCUGCCGAGGAAACAACCGACAGCUUCUGGGAGGUGGGGAACUACAAGCGCACGGUGAAGCGGAUCGAUGAUGGACACCGGCUCUGCAAUGACCUCAUGAACUGCGUGCACGAGCGGGCCAAGAUCGAGAAGUCCUAUGCCCAGCAGCUCACCGACUGGUCCAAGCGGUGGAGGCAACUCAUCGAGAAAGGUCCCCAGUAUGGCAGCCUGGAGAAGGCAUGGGCCGCGAUCAUGACGGAGGCGGACAAGGUGAGCGAGCUGCACCAGGAGGUGAAGAAUAGCCUCCUGAACGAUGACUUUGAGAAGGUCAAGAACUGGCAGAAGGACGCCUACCACAAGCAGAUCAUGGGGGGCUUCAAGGAGGCCAAGGAGGCUGAGGAUGGCUUCCGGAAAGCCCAGAAGCCCUGGGCCAAGAAGCUCAAGGAGCUGGAGACAGCCAAGAAAGCCUAUCACCUGGCAUGCAAGGAGGAGAAGCUGGCCAUGACCCGUGAAGCCAACAGCAAGGCGGAUCAGUCCAACACUCCUGAGCAGCAGAAGAAGCUCCAGGACAAAGUGGAAAAGUGCAAGCAAGAUGUGCAAAAGACUCAGGAGAAGUACGAGAAGGUGCUGGACGAGCUGAACAAGUGCACCCCGCAGUACAUCGAGAGCAUGGAGCAGGUCUUCGAGCAGUGCCAGCAGUUUGAGGAAAAGAGGCUCAACUUCCUCAAGGAAAUGCUCCUGGACAUCAAGAGGCACCUGAACCUGGCCGAGAGCAGCAGCUACGCCAACGUGUACCGGGAGCUGGAGCAGACCAUCCGCAUGUCGGAUGCACAGGAGGACCUCCGGUGGUUCCGCAGCACCAGUGGCCCCGGGAUGCCCAUGAACUGGCCCCAGUUUGAGGAGUGGAACCCAGACCUGACACACACGAUAACGCGGAAGGAGAAGCAGAAGAAGGGCGAGGGGGUGGCCCUGACCAAUGCCAGCAGUGCGGGUGACACGGGAGCUCAGGCAGGCGAGCGCGGGAGCGUGAGCAGCCAUGACCGUGGGCAGACCUACAGCGCCGAGUGGUCUGAUGACGAGGGCAGCAACUCCUUCAACACCAGCGAGGCCAAUGGCGGCGCCAACCCCUUCGACGAGGAGUCGGCGGGGAAGGGCGUGAGGGUGCGGGCUCUGUACGACUACGACGGGCAGGAGCAGGAUGAGCUCAGCUUCAAAGCAGGUGAUGAACUAACCAAACUCGGUGAGGAAGACGAGCAGGGGUGGUGCAAAGGGCGCUUGGACAACGGGCAGCUGGGGCUGUACCCCGCCAACUACGUGGAGGCAAUCUAAGUCUUGUGAUGUGCUCCUCGUCAUCGUCAGCAGAUAAAUCCACCCUCCGUUGUCUCCAUCUCUCCACCAGCCAACCAGCCAUUCUGCCGUCUGGUCCUUCACCCCUCACCCUUAGAGAUUCAGACAUAUUUUCCGACCAAGCUUUUAUUUUUUUAAGAGUUGUCUCCGAAGAGUAUUUUGCAUAGUCGCUUUCUUCUAAGAUAACGUGAAGCGAAAGAUGACGUUGUCCGUUCGUCUACGUUAGUUGAAUUUAUUUUUUUUUUCUGAGCGAAAAGCUGAUACCUCAAGAUCUUAAAGCCCAACCAGUGAGAGCUCCUGAUUGGUUGGUUUUUAAAGAUACUGAAAUCAUGAGCCGCCUUCUGAUUGGCUGGAACUGUUCUGAAACGCAAGGCGCCGAAGUUCCUGGGACCAACCAAAUUCAUCCCAGAAAACCGAGAGGGAUUGGAGUCUGACUCCGUUGGGUUUUUUUUUGGGUGUUUCCACAUUCUCCCCA